GCUAACUUCAGCUCAGCUCUACACGGCGCCAUGGCGCUAACACCAGGCACAACUUCUCUAUGGGGACUUCAGCAGGCUUUCCUCCCUCCAGCACUCACGCUCCUAACCAGCGAAUAGGGCGUAAAGUUCAUUUUAAAGGAAAACGAGUGGUGUUCGCCUGCUGAGGCUCACUUUUAUGACUUUUUCCAAGCGAGAUGAAUCCAAGUCAGGGGAUUACUGCUCAAGGAGAGUCCGAGAACAAGCGCCUCACCGUUGAGGGUUGUUCCAGUGCAGAGUCCUCCUGCUCUCCUGAAGGGAGUCCGAGAAAGAGGAGGAAUUCAGCUGAGGAGGAGAGAUGCAGCCCCCGGCCUCCCCCUGAGGGCGCGGGCUCUGAGAGAGAGCCCACCAAAACGCACCUGUGCACGCACUGUCACAUCGUUGUAUCUGAGCUGAAGAGGCAGGCCCUAGCCCUGACCGACUCUGCUUCACUCAAGGACCCUGGAUUUGCCACCUUCCUCUUUGAGCAGCUGCAGGUGCCAGUCUGGUCGGAGCAGGGGGGACAUGAGGGCGCUUGUUGCCAUGUGUGUGCCACUCCAGUGCAGCAACUAAGGCAGCAGGCUCUGCAGGCUCUACAGGAGCCGUGCCCCGGUGCAGAAAUGCCAGCGCUGCCUGCCAGCACCUUCCCUGGGCAGCCCACCAGACUGACCACACACAGCGUAGUCACGCUCUCGUCUAGACCACCAGCUUCCAGGAUCCCCUACCCAACCCACAGCGUUGUGGCUGUGGGGGAGCAGCGGCGUGGCCUGGGCUGGACUUCCAGCACCAAACCCAGCGUCCAGGUGACUGUGGGAGGUGGCCCUCUGACAGGAGCGCUCAGCUCAGUCACCAUCCAGGCGCAGCAGUACCUGGAGGGCAUGUGGAGCAUCUCACGCGUCAACAACUUCCUGCCUCAGCCAAGCCCGACACAGGGUCCUGUAGCUGAGACUGAACGGGCUAUGCCCUCAGACACAUCCGUCUCCACUGUCUCCCUCACCUCGUCCAGACAGAGGAGUUCAGUCCAGUAUGGUCCAGCAGCACCCCUGUCCUCCAACCAGCCUACCUCAGCCGCAGCCUCUUUCUUCAUCAGGGCUGCACAGAAGUUGAAUCUUUCGUCCAAGCGGAAGAAGGCCCAGCCGCCUGUGCUGCAGCCCCCAGAGCCUUCCAUCUACCCCACCAACUUCAGCAACAUCCUCCAGCUCUCCCCACCGCCCGCUCCACCAUGCCUGCUCAGGGCCGGCUCAAAGGCCAAGGAGAACCCCGGCAUGGGCAAGGUGAAGGUGAUGGUGCGGAUCUGUCCAUCUCCCGGGGUUCAGGACUGUUCUGAGUCCAUGUCCUUCCUAAAGGUGGACCAGCGGAAGAAGCAGCUGACCCUAUAUGAGCCCUCGCUACUGACCCAGCCGGGCACAGCGCACCGCCGCACCCCGUUGGCCGCCCCAAAGAUGUUCGCCUUCGAUGCUGUCUUCACCCAAGAUGCCUCUCAAGCUGAAGUGUGCUCAGGGACUGUGGCUGAAGUCAUCCAGUCAGUGGUGAAUGGAGCAGACGGGUGUAUCUUCUGCUUUGGCCAUGUCAAGCUCGGCAAGACAUACACCAUGAUUGGCAAAGACAGCUCCGCUCAGAGCCUUGGCAUUGCGCCCUGUGCCAUCUCCUGGCUCUUCAAGCUCAUCAGCGAGCGCAAGGAGAAGACAGGAACACGCUUCUCUGUGCGGGUCUCUGCUGUAGAGAUCUACGGCAAAGACGAGAGUCUGCAGGACCUGCUGUCUGACGUCUCUACAGGCAGCCUGCAGGACGGCCAGUCCCCUGGGGUCUACCUGCGUGAGGACCCCAUCUGUGGGACACAGCUCCAGAAUCAGAGUGAGUUGCGGGCCCCCACGGCAGAGAAAGCUGCCCUAUUCCUGGACGCAGCCAUCGCAGCUCGCAGCACUAGUCGUCCUGACGCGGACGAAGAAGACCGGCGCAACUCGCACAUGCUCUUCACCCUCCACAUCUACCAGUACCGCAUGGAGAAGAGCGGCAAGGGUGGAAUGUCUGGAGGUAGAAGUAGACUGCACCUCAUAGACCUGGGCAGCUGUGAGAAGGUGCUUAGUAAGAGCAGAGACGGGGGAGGUGGUCUGUGUCUGUCUCUCAACGCCUUAGGCAACGUCAUUUUGGCUUUGGCAAACGGAGCCAAGCACGUUCCUUACAGGGACAGUAAGCUUACAAUGCUGCUUCGUGAUUCACUUGGAAACAUCAACUGCAGGACAACAAUGAUAGCCCAUGUCUCAGACUCCCCAGCUCAUUAUGCUGAUUCACUCACCACUAUCCAGCUGGCAUCCCGAAUCCAUCGCGUGAGGAAGAAGAAGUCCAAAUAUGCAUCCAGUUCUUCUGGAGGGGAGAGUUCCUGCGAUGAGGGAAGGAUUCGCCGACCACCACAUUUAAGACCUUUCCACCCUCGUACUGUGGCCUUGGAUCCAGAUCUGCCCUCUUUACUCAGUGAUCCAGACUACUCCUCAAGCAGCGAGCAGUCAUGUGACACUGUCAUUUAUGUCGGCCCUGGUGGUGCUGCAAUCUCUGAUCGAGAGCUCAGUGAUAACGAGGGUCCUCCAGCCUUUGUUCCUAUCAUCCCCUCCCUCAACAGAAAGCAGCGUGGAAAGGAAGGACCAGCUGACCGUGACCAUUUCAAAUGCAACACCUUUGCUGAGCUUCAAGAGCGACUGGAGUGUAUUGAUGGGAGUGAGGAACCAACAACUUUCGUUGGGGAAACUAGAGGCAGUCAAGCAAGCCCUAAGAUGGACAUCAGUGCAACAAAGCCAAACAAAGAAGGGACUGCAUCUCUUUCAGCUUCCCCGAAGGCUUCCAUUAAAACACCUUCUUCACAACAGGACAGUGUAUUAUCCAGACAACUCAAUACUGCUGCCAGUAGACUGCCCAGCAGCCCAAAACACAAGUCCAAAUCUGAGCAUUCCAAAUGGCAAGGUGCCACCUCAUCUGAUAGAGACAUGCCUGAGAAUGUUUGCUGUGCAAGGGCAGAUGGUGAAAAGGGCUCAGUAUCAGAAAACUCAGCUCCAUGUUCUCCAGGGAAACAAGGUAAAUCAUCGCCAUCUCAAAACUCUGAGCCAGUAGUGAGAGAAAAGGUAUUUUUCAACAAAAAACAGCUACCCAAGCCUGCCCCUCUGCCCCUACAACAAAAGGACAAUUCAAGACCUAAUGGAGAAGCAGACGAAACAUCUGCAACAAGAAUUCCACCUAUUGGGAUGAGCCAUCAAGUUCAGAAGCAGGGUGGUUCAGGUAGCAGUUCCCCGCUUUUGAGCAGGGUUCAUCAUCUAAACCCCAGGACCCCGCUUGAAGUCUGCCAGCUAAGGUCCACACUUAGGGAAAGGUGCAUGGACAGAGAUAUCUUGAGGACUACAGUAACCCUCCAGCAACCAGUAGAGCUGAACGGAGAGGAUGAACUGGUGUUCACUCUUGUAGAAGAACUGUCUAUUGGAAAUAUUGUGGACAAUGGGAGACCUUCCAGCAUCAUAAGCUUUAACAGUGAUUGCUCUGUACAGGCCAUUGCUUCCGGAUCUAGACCUGUAAGCAUUAUAAGCAGCAUCAAUGAUGAGUUUGAUGCAUAUACAUCCAGUGUGGGUGCCUCUGAAGUGAACAUUGAAAUGGUAGCACCCUUGCAGGAGGAAGCGUUUGCCUCACUGGACAGCCGUAGUUCCUCUAUCGGUUCUUGGCUUAGCGAAGUAAGUGUCUGUACAUUAGAGAGCGAAGGAGCACAGUCUGCAGAUGUCUUUCUCCCUGAUGGUACACAUAUUGGCCCAGGAAGUGCAUUCUAUCUGGAUUCCCUUGGCAUGUUCCAAAGCAGCCCCCAGAAGGAGCCCAAGAGCUCACUGAAUGAUAGUGGCUUUAGCUUCUCAGAAUUGGACAGUGACAGUGCUGCUUCAAGUAAACUCUCCCUUAGUAAAUGCUCAUCCUCCCCAGAAUCUACAAAAACAUCUACCAGAAAUUCACCAAAACUGGCAAAAUCAAGUAACUUAAAUUCAUCCCCAACCCAGACCUUGCAAGACUCUUAUGGUGUUCAUUGUAGUCUUCCCAGGAAAAUAAAACCUACCUCAUGCACAGUUCAGAGUAGCAUCAUCAGUGAGAGCAGUAACAAUAGCAGUUGGAGGCGUGAACCCCCGAGACUAGAGGGAAAGCCAGAUGACCCAUGGUAUCGGAUAGAGAAUGUGUCAGAGAUGCCUGUGCCCUCAAAUUCAUGUUCUUCUUCUAAACUAUUAAAAAAUGGAAUUAGUGGCAUACCACCUAGGAAAGCAGGCACAAAUUGCAACAGCAUACCUCGAAUACCCAAAACACAGGGGUCUAAUUCAUCACAGAGGGUGGUAGACGGAUGUGAAAAAUCCAGUUGCAGCAAAAAGAUAGAGACCCCCAGCAGAAUGCCACAGCUCAGAAGAGGUGCAACCACACUGGGGACAGUACCAGUCAUCCACACAUCCAUUGAUGUCAAGGUUGGCCUGGACAUUGGGUCAUCAACUGGUAGUUUAAAGUUCUCAUCUUUGGAAAAAAAUGGGAAGGCAAAUAGACAGGAUGUUAGCAUGCUGCCAAAGCAAGGUGGUAUAUCACCUCCUCCACCUCCUGUGCGUAAGUCCAGUCUGGAUCAGAAGAAUCGAAUUCUGCUACCCCCAAGUGCCUUAAAGUCUGCAUAUGAGGCAGGGAAGUCCUCAGGACCCAGGCCUGCAAAGACAGAGAAUGAAUAUGAUGUCCGGUACAAAGGAGACUCUCACAGUUUGAAAUCAUCCAGCUUGAAGUCUGACCAUAGUUUACUAAAGGCAACCUCCAGCCUUAAGGCCAGAGGAGUGAGAGGGGAAGCUGGACAACUGUAUGGAAGCCAGGUAUCUCUAGAAAAAUGUGACAGUUUGACGUUGUUGGGAUCGAAACCUGUGCUCAGUCGAGAAAACAGUGGGGCCAGUCUCAGUGGAAAGUCAAGCAGAUCUGUUUCUAAGUUUGGAUCACCUGUUGCCACAUCCUCCCCAAUCAGUACCUCACCACCUCCCGGUGUUAGUCUAGUCAACGUAGGGAAAAAUGGGCAAGUCAAAAGCAGCCUUAAUGCAAGACCAGUGCCUGUAAAUGGAAACAAAGCUCGCACAUUAUCUGCAAGCAAUUCCAAAGCCCUAAGUUCCUCAACCAAGUCUCUUGCAGCAUCUGCACCAAGGAAUGCCAACCUUCCACCUUCAGGGAAGAGUGCAUUACCUCGUUCGGCAGCAGGAUGCAAUGGCAAACCAACAAGGGGAACUAUUAUGGGUACUAAACAAGCGAUGAGAGCAGCCAACAGUCGUGUUAGUGAGCUGGCAGCGGGUAAUCCUACUGGAAAACACCUGAGAGGAUCUGGUGAUUCAGAUAGUGGCAAUGACAGUGGAGUGAACCUCAGCGAUGACAAGCCCAUGCCCAUCCCCAUUCUGCCCUCUCCUUAUAGCAAGAUCACUGCUCCAAGACGGCCACAGAGGUACAGCAGCGGUCAUGGAAGUGACAACAGUAGCGUCCUGAGUGGAGAGUUGCCUCCCGCUAUGGGGCGAACUGCACUAUUCUACCACAGUGGAGGGAGCAGUGGGUAUGAAAGUAUGAUUCGGGACAGCGAGGCCACUGGAAGUGCCUCUUCAGCGCAUGAUUCUAUGAGUGAGAGUGGCAUGUCUUCCUCUGGACGUACCAGGAGCUCCAAACCACCCAAAAAGAGGUCAAAUGGCCUUCAGAGACGCCGUCUCAUUCCUGCUCCUCUGCCAGACACCUCGUCCUUGGGGAAGAAGGCUGGUGCCACAGGCCAGUGGGUGGACCUACCUCCUAUGUCUGGUCCAUUGAAAGAGCCCUUUGAGAUCAAGGUGUAUGAGAUUGACGAUGUGGAACGGCUACAGCGGCGGAGACAGGAGGAGACAGUUGAGCAGUCAAUUCAGGAUGUUGAGAAGGGUUUAAUGUACUUUAACACAAAGCUGAAGGAUGUGGAGAGAAGGCAGCAGCAGAUCAGAGAGCUCAGAGUCAAACAUGAAACUCUGAAGGAGGAACUUGAGGACACCAAGGCCAGACUGAUGAUGGACCCCAGCAAGUGGAUAGGAGAGUUUGAUGUGGACCAGGAUUUGGACCAGGAGUCACAGGAGUACCUGGAGGCACUAGAGCAAGCCACGAGUGAGCUGGAGUACUGCGUCAACCUAUGCAAGUCUCGCAUCAUGAUGGUGACCUGCUUUGACAUCAGAGCAGCAUCGGACAUUCAAGAAGGACCGCGAGAGGUGGAGGUGUGAGAACAGGACAGGUUGGAGGUGGAGAGACAGAACGGAGGAGAGGAAGUGAGAAAGAAUUCUGGAAGUCUGAGUGGAAGGAUAUUGAAAUGUAGCAGCCACUGAUAGUAACAAAAGACAAAGAAGAAACCUGAGUACUGAAGACUGGAGUACUGAACACUGCAUGAAGCAGCAUAUCUUUUGAGGAGUGACUGGUACUGCUAUUAUACAGUGCCUCGGUCUACAUAACGGACUUUUGAGUAUGAAGCAGCAACCUGUGAUAUUUUUGGAUCAUCUACUGCAUAAAGAGAAAGAGAGAGAGAGAAAAAAAGAUAGAAAGAAAGGAAGAAAGAGGGAUUGUCACCAUUCACCCAAGAGUUCUUCUGCUACACCACAAAGUGCCUUUUGUCAUAUGACUCUUUCAAUCAUUAUUUUUUGUAUUGGUGCUAGUGCUCUAACCAGCAUACCUAAGCCAACCCUUAACAUAUUCCUUUUACGAAGAAAAUGAUUUUAUAUUGCAUUGUAUAGUGUAUUUAUAUGAUUAAACAGUCUGUAAAAUACCAUUGGUGGAAAGAGGAAAGGAAAGCAAUAAGCUAAUGUUAUUGCGUUUUCCCAGACUUUGCCUUUCUCCUGUACUAUCACCUCUGUCAGCAUUUUGUCAUCUAACCUCUGGAGCCUUAUGUUCUAUUUCUAGUGACUGUGUGUGACUUUUUACCUUACAUAUCAAACGAAUCUGUGAUGUCUUUUUAAGAGCUACACUUGUAAUACUGUUGUAAAAUCAGCCGCCGCCAGGAUUGGUUGAUGCAAGCCCAUUUUCAACUUUGACUCAGUUGCCUUGAAUGAUUUAAGUUGAAUGGAACAAUACAAAUUAACGACACUAUGGUCAGUUCUGCAUAAGAAUGUGCGUUGUAGUAACACGAUUGAUGUCCUGCAUUGGUACUGCAUUUUGUCACUCUCUUGACUGUUUAAGGAGUUCAGCCACAUUGAAUGUACAUAUGGAUUUAUAGAAGCCCUUUUUAGCAACAACCCAAACAGUGUCUAGAAUGUGACACAUCAAGCCUUCUAUCACUCUUAAGCAGUUAAACUCAGCCAUUUUGCAUGACCAUUCAAGCUCAUCUUAUCCAAAUACAGUUUGAUCUUUUGCUUGUGUUUUGAGACAUAGGAGGUAGGAAUUUAUCAGGGGGCCUACUAAAACAGCUAAGGGUCAUUCAUACAGAGUAACAGGGUUUUUUUUUCCUGUCUUUGGGGUAAAAGAAACAACACCCACCCUAAAAGCAAAUUCAAGAGCCAGAACUGACCCUCAAAUCAGUUUUUACUAUGUCUUUUAGUGCCGGUUUCCCAGAGAUGGAUUAACCUAAUCUUGUUCUAAAUUUCAGUGUUGAUGGAAAAUCACCUUUGGAUUUUUUUGUAUUCCAUACAGUUUCUGAUCCUGACUGUGCAGUGGAAAACUGAAUGUGAGCACAGCGAUAGUUCAUAUUCCCCUUAACUGACAAUACCGUUCUAUUACACACCAUACAGUGACUACAUCAAUGAACUACUUCAGACAUUUUCACCUGUUUAACUGUAACCCUGUGGCUAUUAUGCUGAGUUAAUGUUGCCAGACAGUGGUUCUAUGCAUUCCUGAAAUAUAGUUCUAUUCACGUAGAACCUCAAAAAGCUACACUUUGCCUUUAGCACAAAUAGCCUGGCCUCAUGUAGAGAUCAAAACUUUCAUAUUUCUCCUUUUUUAUCUCAAAAUAAAUCAGCUUGUCUAACCUCUCACAGAUACCUCUGUAUUUAUAAUGUAGUUGUGUCAGCUGCACAGAUGAGGAUUGUUCAGAAUGGCUGUUUAACUGUCUUUCAACAUAGACUUUUGGAUCAUCCAACAUAAUUACUCAGUCACUUCUCUUGUUCUCAGUAAACCUUCUUGGAUUUAUUUACCUUUACAAGUAUACACUCUCAGGCCCUUUCUUACAAUGCUGCAUGAGAUUUUUCUUUGUUUAAUUAUUAUUAUUUUUUAGAUAUGUUCUUGCUUCAGUUUUACAUUUAAUUUUGUAAUGAUGAUGCUGGCAUUCACUAUCAUAGGAGGUUAUGAACAUCGAUUAACCAACUAACACCAAACUGAA